AUGGUCGAUAUCCAGGAGCAGGAUCAGUGGAUCAGCUAUCUUAGCGAGUGUAAGCAGCUCAGCGAAAACGACAUCAAGCGCCUGUGCGAAAAGGCGCGCGAUGUGCUGCUUGAGGAGUCGAAUGUGCAGCCUGUGCACUGCCCUGUGACGGUGUGUGGUGAUAUACAUGGUCAGUUCCAUGAUCUUUCGGAGCUGUUCCGCAUUGGCGGUAAUUCGCCUGACACCAACUACCUGUUUAUGGGCGACUACGUGGACCGUGGCUACUACUCCGUGGAGACGGUGACGCUGUUGGUUGCGCUCAAGGUGCGCCACCCCGACCGCGUCACUAUUCUUCGCGGCAACCACGAGUCGCGCCAGAUCACGCAGGUGUACGGCUUCUACGAUGAGUGCCUGCGCAAGUACGGCAACGCGAACGUGUGGAAGUACUUCACUGACCUGUUCGACUACCUGCCGCUGACGGCGCUUAUCGACGACCAGAUCUUCUGUCUGCAUGGCGGUCUGUCUCCCUCGAUCGAUACGCUUGACCAGAUCCGCCAGAUCGACCGUGUGCAGGAGGUGCCUCAUGAGGGCCCGAUGUGUGACCUGCUGUGGUCGGAUCCGGACGACCGCUGCGGCUGGGGUAUCUCGCCGCGUGGCGCUGGUUACACGUUUGGCCAGGAUAUUAGCGAGGCCUUUAACCACAACAAUGGCCUCACACUCGUCGCGCGCGCGCACCAGUUGGUGAUGGAUGGCUUCAACUGGUCGCAAGAGCGCAAUGUCGUGACAGUCUUCUCCGCUCCCAACUACUGCUACCGCUGUGGCAACCAGGCGGCGAUUAUGGAAAUUGACGAAAACCUCAAGUACACUUUUCUCCAAUUCGACCCUGCGCCGCGCACAGGCGAGCCUCUUGUGUCGCGCCGCGUCCCCGACUAUUUCCUCUGA